ACCACCCAUAUCCCAUGUAUGGGCGUGCAUCAUGCCAGGAGCGGCUCAUGAGCACUUCCGACCGUCGCUACGAGCAAGCCCUCCUGUGGGAGGCAGAAGAGCCCCUCGUCGUACCGCCUCAGCCACGCGUCACAACGUGUACAGAAGUCCCAGACCCCGACGCCUGCCCGUUCGAAGACCAGCCGCUGCUCGUAGAAGACCCCGAGGACGGGCCUGCGCUCGCAAACGCUACACCUCCUGACGCUACAUCUCCUAUGCUCGUCGACGUGUUAGCGGCUCUCCUCGCUGCUCUUCGACAGCGGUAUUUCGAGCGGCUUCGCGCCCUCAAGGAAUUCCUCCUGCUCGAGCAGUGAGGGUCGUCUAGGCGACCGUCCGUGUUCAAACUUCAGACGUGGAAAAGGCCACUCUGGUCCAGUCCCCCGUCGUCGCAGUUUUCCUGUCCAUCGCGAUUCUGAUUUCCUCGUGCCUCUUGGCAUAUCCUUCUCCUUGUGUGUUGUUUUCGAAGGUCACCAAUAGGUCACCCGUUCCGUCGUCUCCGCUGUUGGUUUCAUGUCGCU